GUGCGUGGUUUUGUUUUGAUUUCGUUCUCGGCUAAACUUAUUCUUGCUUUUGUGGAAGAGGAAAUUUAUUUUCUUACUUCAUGUUUGAUCUAAAUUUUGUCCUAUUAUAAUAGGAUUGUUAUAAAAUUCAUUUCUCUAUUUACAUAAUUAUCUGAAGUAAACUUCAAAAGCUGAUUUCAGAUUUUUGCUGUAAAAAUUGUCAUGUCUCAUCGACAUGUGCUUUUGACUGGACCACCUGGGAUAGGUAAAACAACAGCCAUAAGAACGGUAUGUGAACUUUUAAAAGAAAAAAAUGUGAAAUUCCAAGGAUUUUUUACAGAAGAAGUAAGAAAUGGAAGAGAAAGAAUUGGUUUUGAUAUUGUUACAACUUCUGGAAAGCGUGGUAACCUGGCUAGAGUGAGUGCUCCUGGAGCUAGCAAAGGACCAAAAGUUGGAAAAUACACUGUAGAUGUGUCUUCAUUUGAAUCUCUUGCUUUACCUGUGUUUGAAUGUCUGCCUUCAUCGAUACUAAUUUUAGAUGAAAUUGGAAAAAUGGAGGCAUUCAGCAAACCAUUCUUAGCACGAGUAAAAGAAGCUUUUGCAAAACCAUCUAUAAAUGUGUUAGCUACUAUACCUGUGGCAAGAAAUGCCCUUCCUAUAGUGGAUGAAUUGAGAAAUCGAAAAGAUUGUUUGCUCAUUGAGGUAACUAGAGAAAAUAGAAAUGAUCUGCCAAAUGAAAUUGUUCAGUAUCUUUUGAAAACCUGAAAUUAAUUGAAGGAUACAAUUGCAGCUACUACAGUAAGAGAUUUUGUUCCUAUGGAAAAGUGUUUAAGUUCAACAAGUUAAUAAAAUCUGUGAUGAUUAUAUUAAAGUUCAUGACUUUUGAUUAAUUAUUUUGGUAUUUUUAUUGGUAUGAUAAAAUUCAUAUUAUUUAGAAAUGGUAAAAAUAAUUUAAUUGUUUGUAAAAAAAAUGUAAAAACUUUUAUUAUGUAAUCAAAUAAAGUUUAUGACUUUUGUUUAA